AUGGCAUCAUUCAGAAUUCACGAAGAUCAAGAAAAUGCUGCAUUAGGAAUUAGAAAAGAUGCUGAACUUUUUACAGCAAAUUCUCAACGGCGUGCUUUAGGCGAUCUCAGUCAGUUCGCUUGCAAUCAAAACCGGAACAACAAACUUACCGGAUUGACGAACGGACCGUGCAAAGUUCAAGAUGAAAAUAGGACGGUACGUCAGAUAAAAAAUGAGAAGAACAUUGUACCCCCUGUAGCUCAAUUUCGCGCGUUUAGUGUGUAUGAAGACAAGCCCUCUGAAGUGGAGGUCAAAAAACGCGAGCCGGCUUUCAAACCAUUUAUUGCUAAGGAGAUCAGAAAAGAUAACUUCUUUGUAAAUGCUGCUGAGAAUGUUAAGGCUCUUUGUGCUCAGGUUGAGAAACAGCCAGAUCAGUCUAAAGAAAGUACUUCAGCCAGGCUUCCACUACAAGAGAAGAAAGAUGUGGUACAAGAAAAAGAGGUUAUUGAAUCACCUAUGUCAAUUGUGGAUAACAGCAUAUUAUCCAUGUCAAUAUCAAAAAAUGAGAGCCAAAUUCUUGAUGAGAACCUUGAAGAGGAAGAUGUAACCACUGCACAAACUGACCGUGAAAUGUUCUUUCAUGUUGUAGAAUACCGUCAGGACAUUUAUGAAUAUAUGAGAGAGAUUGAAGUUAAAAACAGAGCUAACCCACGCUAUAUGAGGAAGCAGCCAGAUAUCACGCAUAUGAUGCGCUCAAUACUGAUUGACUGGCUCGUCGAGGUAUGUGACGAGUACGGACAACAGAGUGAGACACUACACCUAGCUGUGUCUUACGUUGAUCGCUUCUUGUCCUACAUGAGCGUGGUACGCACUAAACUACAACUGGUUGGAACAGCUGCUACAUAUAUAGCUGCGAAAUAUGAAGAGGUUUACCCACCAGAAGUGUCAGAGUUUGUGUACAUCACCGACGACACCUACACAAAGCGUGAAGUACUGCGCAUGGAGCACCUUAUACUGAAAGUGUUAUCAUUUGACCUCUCCACGCCGACAUCGCUCGCCUUCCUCUCCCAUUAUUGCAUUUCUAAUGGACUUUCGAAGAAGACCUUUCAUUUGGCCGCAUAUAUCGCUGAACUGUGCCUUUUGGAAGCGGACCCGUAUCUUCAGUACAAACCUUCAAUCAUAGCCGCUAGCGCACUAGCCACGGCCCGUCACUGCUUACUCUGUGAAUGUUCGGGCGAGAAGAACACAGAGUCGCGGCUUCUUACCAAAUGCAGCCUUACUGCUUGGCCUCCAGCGCUGGCCCAUUGCUCGGGCUACUCACUCACAGAUUUGGAGCCGUGCCUCCGAGAACAAGCACGCACACACUCGCAUGCUCCACAACAACCUUACCAGGCUAUACCUGACAAAUAUAAGAGCAACAAAUUCGAUGGUGUGUCAACAAUCGAGGCUCGGCCCCUAUUCCCUGUGCCCAAGUACCAGCAGCCUGCACCAGCAAACAGCGCACGACCCCCCGCCGAUUCUAAUCGCAACAGCUAG